GCCUCAUCUUCCUCAAAAACUUUUCAGAAGUUGAGCAGCGGAAACUGAUAAAGGAUAUGACUGGUCGAUACGACUGGCCAAAGAUCAAGGAGAAUUUGUUGGCUGGAAGCUUCGACUAGAUGCUUUACCGUCUCCUGACGCAGCAAAAGGAGGACCGCGAGAAGGAAGGGGUAAGCGCGGACAAGGAUCAGGCCGUUUACAAAACCCUAACUGACAUGCGGAACAUGAUGGCUGACAUGAAGGAAGAAAGGUUAAAGCUACAAGUAAUGAUGGUCCAGACGAAAGGAGGGAAAAGGAAGGGGAAAACAUCCAUUGUGGAGGAGGUAAGUAGUAGCAACAGUAAAGAGGAAGACGAGAAGGAAGUGGAGCCCACUCGAAAAUUGACUAAAGCGGAACGGAAGGUCGUGAACCAGAUACGAGGAGGGCAGGGCACUAGUAAAAAGCAACGGAAGAAUAAUGGAGGAGGUGGACAAGGAAGCAACCAGGAACAGGCGGCGCAGACCCUUCCUGAGCAACCCCAACCUCAGGCAGGAGGCCGAGGCCGAGGUCGAGGUAGAGGACAAGGCACUGGGGGAGGCCGAGGAAAUGGGGGCGGCCAAGGUAAUUGGCAGAAUUGGUUUUGCAAGUACUGCGGACAGGAUGGGCAUGGGAUACGAGACGACCAAGGAGGUCUUACUGAUGUUACCGCAUCACAGUCUGAAUCGUCGUCGGCAAAGCGUAUGAUGGCCACCACGAUCUUCUCCCAUCCGGCUUUCAAGCGACCUACCACUGCUAGCCUCCCGCAAGCUCGGAGGGCUCGGAAGCCGCCACGGCCAAGGGCAACGCCGAAAGAAGGGCCAAGUCAGCCUCGGAAAAUCGAGACAAUUCCGAUUGAAAAAGACGAUGGCGAGGAGGACGAGUUGUUGCGAGCCGAGGAUGAGCGACAGACCAAACAAUGGGCCAUGGAGAGGGAGCCUGAAACGGGCAAGGCCGAUGUU